AUGCCCAAAAAGUCGCCGGCAAUCACUGAGAAAGCAACCCUCGCCGAACUCGAGCAGCUUAAAGCCGAGAUCCCGCUCUACCGGAUUGUCACGAAAUUCACCGACAAAACAUCAAUUCUACGCGUCGCCACUGCGUACAUGUUGACGAAAAAGUUCCUCGGCGAACACCUUGGGGAAUUUGAUGGUCGCGUCAGGUCGGGAAUCCCGGAUGAGAGCACGCACAGUGUCAUGGCCCUGGAUGGCUUCUGUAUGGUAAUUGACCGAUUGGGCCGUUUGCUGUACGUGACAGAGUCGGCGGCCGCUCUUCUCGGCUAUUCACAGAUCGAGGUGCUUGGGUGUGAAAUAGAAGAGCUAGUGAGUCAACAGGGGUGGCAGCACAUCCGUCAAUUGCUACAGUAUCGAGGGGACGGUGCCACCUUCGAAGUCCCGUUUUCCAUGCAAAUCGACAUGAAAUGUAGGCUGCCGAAGCGGCAUGCUGGUCAGCUGCGCGACGGCAAGAAGCCAAUCACCAUCAAGGGAUUCGUUCGAUUCGAUGGUGCUACAAGGCAAAGAGUCGAAUAUUUGUUGCUGCAUUGUGAUACAGUGGAAACGGUCGGCGAUCCGGAAAUGCUCCUAGAUAAUCACAGCUUUGUGAUGCGGUUGGAUCAGAGUUUCAGGGUGAUAUUUAUGGAAACGAGGGGUUUUGACGUGCUACGGUAUCCUGGGGGCGCGUUAUUGGACCGUUCCAUCUAUGAACUAAUCCCACCCGAAGAUGUGCCACCGAUUGAAAAAGCGCAUCGAAUGUUAUUGGCGGGCCAAGUGCACGUCAAUAGCCUCCUGAUCGGGCUGCUGACGGCUGGCGGCGGCCAAUGCUACGUCGACAUACGCUUCUACGCUCACGGGGACCCGAAUAGGACCCCGUUUACAGCGAUUUGUAGCGUUGUUGGAUACCACGCCCAAUCUACCGUAUCCACGCUUCAAAGCUCCUUGAAUUAUUGGCCGGAAGCGGAAGAAAAGAACCAGCUCGGCUGCUACUCUUCUCAGUAUUAUGCCAAAACGUUUGGCCCGAUUUUU